AUGAAUCCCCAAAGCCCUAAAACCAGUGCUCCUUGCACCUUGCCAGUGGAGCCGGCGGCUGCUGUUGUUCCCAACGAAGCAGUGGCGACUGAUGAAGCUCCGCCGCCAGUGGCCAACAUGGAACCGGCGAUGAUAAUCCGGGAGCAGGACCGGCUGAUGCCCGUGGCCAACGUGUCCCGCAUCAUGCGCCAAGUGCUGCCUCCCUACGCCAAGAUCUCCGACGACGCCAAGGAGGUGAUCCAGGAGUGCGUGUCCGAGUUCAUCAGCUUCGUCACCGGCGAGGCCAACGAGCGGUGCCACACCGAGCGCCGCAAGACCGUCACCUCCGAGGACAUCGUGUGGGCCAUGAACCGCCUCGGUUUCGACGACUACGUCGCGCCCGUCGGCACCUUCCUCCAGCGCAUGCGCGAGAGCGAGGGCGGCGAAGAGCGCGGCCCUGGGCGUGGCUCGCGCCGCGGGUCGUCCGUGUUCGCGCUCACGCCGCUCAACGGUGCCGGUUGCCGGCAUCCGCAUCAAGAUGUGUCGCCUGCAGGUUACGCCGUCCGGCCCGUUCCCCGCCCGGUUCCAGCCAGUGGGGCGGCGCCGCACUUGGGCAGCCGCUACCAGACGAUGCACGGUGGCGACCGCCCCGUGGUUCCCUGCUACGGAGGAGGAGUGGCGUUCGUCCAAGCCGGUGGAAGCCAAUACGUUGGAUUCCACGCCGAUGAGGCAAGCUCUUCGAAUGAAAAUCCACCGGCGGGGCGUGCUGGCUCGCACUAG